AUGCCCUCCAAAAUCGUCCUUCUUCUCUUGGGAGCUCUCGUGCUCGGGCCGGUAUCCGGGACAUAUCCAUUCGUGGAAAUGGCCCUAAACUUGGAACUUUUGGCCCGUGCCGAUGAGAAGGCAUGUGAACAGAGCGUCUUGGAGAGAGUUGAGGCUCUUUGCGGAAAGUGCGUACCUGGUUUCGGUCAGUUCUACAGCUCUAAGUCUAUCGUAUCUAUUCAUUUUCUUCAAUUUCAGACUUGGCCGACCUAAAAUGUCCGCGGGACAUUUCCGACAUGGAAAUCAUGAAAAACUGCUGCCCGCAACUGAUACAAACCACAACGCCCAUCAUAAUCACUGGACCAUUGAUCCUUGUUCCAAUCUCAAAUGGAACCACCGAACUGGACAAAAGCGUGAUUGUUACCGACGGACUAUAA